AUGGCAGCAUACCACCACUAUUCAAGGAUAGCAUGCGCUUUUGUCUUGGUGCUGGUGACGACGGGGUUCGUCCAUGCGCAGAACUCUCCCCAAGCCUAUCUCGAUGGGCACAAUAGAGCCCGCGCUGCAGUCGGAGUCGGUCCAUUGGUGUGGAGUAAUAUCCUUGCGGCCUACGCACAGAACUACGCCAACCAGAGGAUCAGCGACUGUAGGCUUGUGCAUUCCGGCGGACCGUAUGGUGAGAACCUCUUCUGGGGGAGUGGAAAAGCUUGGACAGCUCUUGAGGCUGUCCAACUGUGGGUCGACGAGAAAAUUUACUACAACUAUAAUAGUAAUACGUGCGCAGCGGGGAAGGUAUGUGGGCACUACACGCAGGUAGUCUGGCGUAAUUCCCUGAUGCUGGGCUGCGCUCGCGUCCGAUGCAACAACGGCGCCAUUUUCAUUACAUGCAACUAUAGCCCCCCCGGGAACGUCCGCGGCCAGAGGCCAUACUAG